UUGAGACACUAGCUGGGAGGCUCUGGAUAGGAACCAAUAAUAACAGAAUGGAGAAUAGCUGUGUGCUGAGCCUUUAGGGACCAUGUGGUCUAGCCCACCUGUUUUACAGAUAGGGAAACCGAGGCCCCCAAAGGUCACUUUUCAGUCCAAGGUCACAGAGACUCGAGUCUGCAGUACAUGAGGCUGGGGACUGCGUUCCGGAUGCUACAGAAGCACCGUCUUAGGGGACUUGCUCAAUAGCCAUGAAGAGCCCAUCCAAGGCCAGUGGCACAGCCUCCAGCCCUGGGGAAGAGGACCCCUUCUCCUUCAGCUGCAGAUAUAAGUUCCUGCCUCCUAGCCUCAGCCCAGAACAAGCAGCUACUCACACCAUGAAGCUCAGCCGCCUCCUUGCCCUUUGCCUCACCCUCUGCCUGGUGGGCUUGGCCAGCUCAGGAAAGACCUCAGCCAAUCUUCAGCAAGAGGCUUCCCAGGAGUUGCUCCGAACUCCCCCUGCCCUCUGCCAGCUCCCCGCAGUGAGGGGCCCUUGCAAAGCCUCUUUGCACCGAUACUUCUACAACUCUACGUCCAUUGAGUGUGAGCCCUUUACCUAUGGUGGUUGUCAGGGCAAUGCCAACAAUUUUGAGACCACAGAGAUCUGUGUGAGGGUCUGCAAACCCCCUGGUGAGUCCUCUGAUGGAAACAUGAGUAGUAAUGGAGGUGACAGCAUGCUGGGCAUGUGAAGGGAGGUGGUGUUGGCGAGGAUGCUGGCAGUGAUUCAGAUGAUCAUGUAAAUAUGGAAGUUGGUGAUGAUGGGAAUAAUGGGAAUAAGAGAUGGGUCACCGUGGGCUGGUGAUGGUGGUAAUGAGGUGUAGACAGUAAGGCUGCGGUGGGUGGUGGCAUGGAUAGUAAAGAUGAAAGGAAGCUUGGUUAUUGCAGUAAGCCCUUUUAAAAUACAUGGUGGGGCUGGUAAAGGUGAAGAUGGCAAUGUAACUUUCACAGGGGGGAUCCUGUUGACAGAGGUGAUGAACGUGAUUGUAGCACUGAUCACGGUGGGAGGUGACAGAAAUGAGGAGGCCCCCAGGUUGGUGGGUGUUGAAGGGGUUGGGUAAGGAGUCCAGCUUGAUGGCUCUGGCUCUAGGUCGCCAACAGGUCAGCCAAAUAGGGAGCUGGCUGUCAUCUCCCUUACAGAGACCAAGGUCAAGAGCAGCUGAAGGUGAUACCUGCACGUUCCCAGGCCUUGACCGAAAGCUGGCUCGGCUGCCAUUCCUGCGCAGAGGCCCUGCUCUGAGCCCAUCCUGUAACCCUCCGGGACCGAGUCAAUAAAGUGUUCAAAGUUGA